AUGACGCGAAGUCCAGACAUAUUGUUUAUGACUGAUAUAGACGAUAUACUAAUUUAUGAGAACUAUUAUUCUGACUUCGGACCAUUAAACUUAGGAUGUGUCUAUAAAUACUGUAAAAUAUUGAAUGAAAAAUUAAAGCUUUAUUUUAAUAAGCAAGUCAUAGUGCAUUACACAUCAACUGAGCCAAACAAGAAGGCCAAUGCAGCUUUUGUAUUAGGAUGUUAUGGUAUUUUGUGCUUGAAUUUGUGCCCAAGAGACGCUUUAAAACCACUUUUGGUACAUGGGCAGAAUUAUCGCUCAUUUCAAGAUGCCACGCAAGGAGAAUCCCAGCAUACCAUAACGCUGAUCGACUGUCUACAAGCGAUGAAAAAAGCACGUGACUUAGGAUUAUUUAAUUUGGAGGAUUUCAACUACGAAGAGUAUGAUCGUCUUGAUAAAAUACAAGGCGGAGACCUUAAUUGGAUAGUCCCUGGGAAAUUCCUUGCAUUCAUUGGUCCAGUCGACUUCAGUCUGUCUUUUUACCACCCUCCUGAAAUGUACAUUGAUUACUUUCGAGAUAACGGCGUAAACAUUGUUAUAAGACUGAAUAAGAAACUCUAUAAUGGAAAAGUGUUCAGUAACGCUGGCAUAACUCAUUAUGACUUGUAUUUCCCGGAUGGAUCUUGUCCGCCUCGUAAUAUCUUAUUCAAGUUUCUUCAAAUCAGUGAAGAUUCAGAUGGUGCUAUUGCGGUCCAUUGCAAGGCAGGUCUAGGGCGCACUGGCUCCUUGAUCGGUUGUUAUAUCAUCAAGCACUAUAGAAUGACAGCCCGUGAAGCUAUUGGCUGGAUGAGGAUUUGCAGACCGGGCUCAGUCAUUGGUCAGCAACAGGAUUGGUUAGAGCAGCUGGAACCAUGGCUGAUGAAGCAAGGAAAUUUUUAUAGGAAACGCACGUAUGGAAACGAGGAUAGAUUUCCAACUCAUCCAUUUGGUGUUUACUCUAUAGCUGAGAAGGUAUUAAAGCAUAAGCCGAUUGUGUUCAAUAAAUCAUCAUCGUCAUCUCCUAUACAAAGACAAACUCGUUCUGAUAUAUCUCCACCAUUGAGAAUACAAGUUUCAAGACCUAAAGAAGCUCUUCAUAAGACGGUCGACAAGGACGCAAGCGACAGACGUAUGAGGAAAUCAAAUGUCAAACAAAACAGUUAUGCACCCGAUCAGAAAGAUACAAAUAGUAUAGCACGACGAGGCGUCAAUGGAGGUGGUGACCCACGUUCAAUAUCUCCAUCUAGAGGAAGCAUUGCCCGUACUUCGCAAAGUAGUGCCAAAUCAAAUGAAUCACCAGCGAGAAAUAAUACAAUGAACUAUCAAACACAAAUCCCAACCUUCAGAACUUCACAAGGACCUGUUAUUAAAACCAUCAAUGAUGCACGGAAUUUCCUCAUGCGAAGCACGAUUGGUAGAGAAGACCGUGCAAGAGGUCUCAAGGCAGCUGUCACUGUUACUCCAACUUCCUCAAGGCCCCCACAAUACGACAUUGGAAAAUUAGCAAUAAAUAGCACAGCUCACGUUAUGCCUACCUCAUAUACUUCAGCAACCAGGUGUGUAACACAGCCGCAACACCGUCGGCGACUUGGUCGGAGUCCGAGUCCACCUCAAGUAAGAAUGCAUGAACAAAGCCGAGCCACUAACACACCGCCGUCUUACGCUGGAAAGUUUUUAUUAGAAGAUGCUUCAAAAACUGUUCUUAAAGAAGAAUUAUCUCGUCUAAAACUGGUAACAGCUAGGAACGGGUCGAUACGGGCUGCAUCAAUAGGUGCAGCCUCUUUAGGAGCCCGGAGAGAUGCUCCUACGCCCAAGCGAGCGCCAAGCGUGCAUUCUGAUGAGCGCGACGUGGCCACACAAGGGGACUUAUUGAAUAGCAUAAAGUUCCAGAGAAGAUUCCGCAACUCUUUGGUAUCCGAGAAGCUUACUGGAUUGGUUCACGACAAAAUUGGUGUCAUCACAAAAGAAAAGGCCAGUAUUAAAGACGUCAACUCGAAAACUAGUGCGGCUGGUCGCGGGAAUCUUCAAAACCAUGAAAACUGUUGUCAAAGAGAUAGAACAAAUGCAACAUCUAGAAGUGUCCUCGGAUCACAGCGGCCGUCUUCGCCCAAAGGCAGGCAACGGCAAACUAUGUAUCAUUGA